GAGACCAACGAGAGGACACCGCCUGCGGCUAGAGCAUCCCGGCCAGGAGCGCAACCGAGUGGCGCGCCAACGUGAGAGGAAACCCGUGCGCGGCUGCGCUUUCCUGCCCCUAAGCCGUUCUAGACGCGGGAAAAAUGCUUUCUGAAAGCAGCUCCUUUUUGAAGGGUGUGAUGCUUGGAAGCAUUUUCUGUGCUUUGAUCACUAUGCUAGGACAUAUUAGGAUUGGUCAUGGAAAUAGAAUGCACCACCAUGAGCAUCAUCACCUACAAGCUCCUAACAAAGAAGAUAUCUUGAAAAUUUCAGAGGAUGAGCGCAUGGAGCUCAGUAAGAGCUUUCGAGUAUACUGUAUUAUCCUUGUAAAACCCAAAGAUGUGAGUCUUUGGGCUGCAGUAAAGGAGACUUGGACCAAACACUGUGACAAAGCAGAGUUCUUCAGUUCUGAAAAUGUUAAAGUGUUUGAGUCAAUUAAUAUGGACACAAAUGACAUGUGGUUAAUGAUGAGAAAAGCUUACAAAUAUGCCUUUGAUAAGUAUAGAGACCAAUACAACUGGUUCUUCCUUGCACGCCCCACUACGUUUGCUAUCAUUGAAAACCUAAAGUAUUUUUUGUUAAAAAAGGAUCCAUCACAGCCUUUCUAUCUGGGCCACACUAUAAAAUCUGGAGACCUUGAAUAUGUGGGUAUGGAAGGAGGAAUUGUCUUAAGUAUAGAAUCAAUGAAAAGACUUAACAGCCUUCUCAAUAUCCCUGAAAAGUGUCCUGAACAGGGGGGGAUGAUUUGGAAGAUAUCUGAAGAUAAACAGCUAGCAGUUUGCCUGAAAUAUGCUGGAGUGUUUGCAGAAAAUGCAGAAGAUGCUGAUGGAAAAGAUGUAUUUAAUACCAAAUCUGUUGGGCUUUCUAUUAAAGAGGCAAUGACUUACCACCCCAACCAGGUAGUAGAAGGCUGUUGUUCAGAUAUGGCUGUUACUUUUAAUGGACUGACUCCAAAUCAGAUGCAUGUGAUGAUGUAUGGGGUAUACCGUCUUAGGGCAUUUGGGCAUAUUUUCAAUGAUGCAUUGGUUUUCUUACCUCCAAAUGGUUCUGAUAAUGACUGAGAAGUGGUAGAAAAGCAUAAUACGAUCAUUGUAUAAGACAUGUGUUGUCAUUAUUUGUAGUAGUAACUACAUAUCCAAUACAGCUGUAUGUUUCUUUUUCUUUUCUAAUUUGGUGGCACUGGUAUAACCACACAUUAAAGUUAGUAGUACAUUUUUAAAUGAGAGUGGUAUUUUUCUUUAAAGCACAUGAACAUUGUAAAUGUGUUGGAA